CGUCAAUCACAGCAUCCCAUCCCCACUUCGAGGAGAAGAUAUAUCAGGCAUGUACUGUACAGAAUUUAUAUAUUCUCUUGUUUGGUACUACAUCUUAAGUACAGACUUUUGAAAAGCAAUUAUACAGCCCAAGAUUGGACAGAUUAUACUGCGGCGGUAUUGGACGAGAUAAACCCAAACCCAAGUCCGCUCAACCCAAACCUACCGAGGGACCUACCAUUCCCACUGCCAGUACUACCAGCCCUCUCGCACGGUUACAGUACAUAACUUGCUUACCGUGCUCCGAUCUGUUUCAAGGUCCUCGGAACCAGAACCCCUCCAUCCCAGACUCUAUUCAAUACAGUUGGGGUCAAUCGCAGUCACCUAUGGUGUUUCGUGGUUCUUCAAGCCCCUCUACCUUCUCACACUCCCUGGGACGGAGGCAUUCGAACACACUACAGUUGACCACAUACCAACAACAACAUCCUCCUUCUUCUAAACAGAACCGACCCAUUGAUCAACAUCUACACCAUAAAGUUUCAACCAGGGAUCCAUUUCCAACCAUGCCGCUCGCCACAAUCCACCUCAUCUCUCUCAAACCAGAAACCACAAUACUUUCCUUCCUCCAAACUCUCAAAACCAAGACUUCUCUGCACCCCCUCGUAAUCAGCAAAGUCAUCCGCUGGAUAAUCACACCAAGCAAAAUCGACGCUUCGACACUGUUAACUCCAUCAUGGGAUUUGCUACUCAUCCUCCCAGUCAAUCCCACCACCACCAACACCCACAGCACCACACCCACUCUCCCUCCACAACUCCAAUCCCAAAUCCAAACUCACUGGUCCAUCACCGCAGGAAUUCCAUCUCGGUUGACCCAAAACUUCGCCGACACCAAUGACAAAAUCCUGCAUCCAGACCCCUCCUCCGUGCCAGCCCUGUCGGGCGCCCUAGACAAGCCGCGCAUGGGGGAAUCCGCACAGACACUCGAAUUGUCCGCCGAACUGGCCGAGUGGAUCGGACAAUUCUCCAAAACCCGCGCCGGCGCGAACCCGUUGUCCAUGUUGAAUUUGUUGGCGUUCAAGCCGGGCAUGAAGGAGUCGUAUUUGAAGUAUGGCAAGGCGUUUGCCGAGUCGAUUGGGAGUAGGAGGGGUGGGAAUGCGAAGUUGGUGGGGAAUGUUGUGAAACAACAGACCGCCAACGGUAUUUGGGACGAGUUCGCUCUCGCGUCGUAUCCGUCCAUUUUGCACUUUGCGGAUAUGUUGGCCAGUGAGGAUUAUCAGGCUGUCAAUCUCAAGUAUCGGGUGCCUGCGUUGGAAGAUACUUUGAUCUUGUGUACGAGUGAAAUUGAGAUUGAGGAUUUAUUGGCUGGAAAGGGGAAGCAAGAGAAUGGGAAGAGGGAUGGGGCCAAGUUAUGAAAGACCUAGAGAAAGUAGUGGAACAUGGUCGUGUGGCCGACCGACGAUUUCAUGGCAAGAAAAAGAAAAGACGUGACACUGGUAGCUAUGCAUAUCAAUAGUGGAGUUAACUAUGCAUCAGUUACAAACGAGCAAGAGGACUUGGUUAGUUUGUAUAGGUGAAUAUAUUUCUCACUCUGCUAUAAGCCUG